UGUAUUUAUGUGAUCUUUUUGCGAUGUAUCCAAUUACGAUGACGGUCAAUGACGGCUUUUUGAUUGUUAUUCGAUAUUAUUAAAGUUGCAGUCUUUGUCUUAACGAAUUUGUUCACUAAAUUAUAUAUAUUUAAUUCUUUUACAUUUUUUUUAUUGUAUAUAAUAAUAGUGUUAAAGAGAAUAUGGCUGUGAUAAUGCUAUUCAGUAGAAGUACGUGUGUAUUUCGGCAGAAUCCACAAUGUAAACUUUUGUUAGUCAAUGCACUUCAUACUCCAGGAUAUAACAGUUAUGGAAAAGAUAGACACAAGUAUGAAUACAAGCAGACUCGUAAUUUUAAAAAUUUUGGUCAUACCAGAAAAAAAUCUAGCUUUAUCGCUGCUCUACCAGUUGCAAUUCCCAGCAUUGGACUGUUUAUAUGCAUGACCAUUGAUUGGCAACGGCUACUUAAUAUAGUACCUAAAGUGGAGGCAGCCAGUAUCUUAGUGGAGGAGACUCAGGAUAAUGGAAACAUAGAACAUGGAACGGAGCAGGAUUUACAGAAGAAGAAGAAAAAUAAGAGAGAGAAGAUUGGAUUUCGCGAUAGAAAGAUAAUAGAAUACGAAAAUCGUAUAAGGCAUUACUCCACACCGGACAAAGUGUUCCGUUACUUCGCGACCCUCCAGGUCACGAGCAACGACAUGCACGAGGUGUUUAUGACGCCGGAUGACUUUUUAAGAUCAAUGACGCCCGGCGUGAAACAGCCCGAUGGCCUUGGACUAGACCAAUACAGACGUUACGAUCCAAAGAAUAUUCACACGAAAUUAGAAUUAGAAUUGGACGAAGACAGCAUCUUCUACAAGCUUGGCAGUGCAGGCCUCAUUACUUUCUCCGAUUACAUCUUUUUGUUGACUGUAUUAUCAACCUCCAGACGUCACUUUGAAAUUGCCUUUAGAAUGUUCGACUUCAAUGGAGACGGUGACGUCGAUUCCGAGGAGUUUGGAAAAGUGGCUACAUUGAUACGGCAACAAACUAGUAUAGGCACUCGACACCGUGAUCACGCAACCACAGGAAAUACAUUUAAGGGAGUGAAUUCCGCGCUAACUACGUACUUCUUUGGGCCACAAAUGAAUCAGAAGCUAACCAUCGAGAAAUUCCUGGACUUUCAACAACAACUGCAGCGGGAGAUUCUGAGUCUUGAGUUCGAACGACGAAAUCCGGAUGAGGAUGGCAAUAUUACUGAGGUAGAUUUUACGGAAUUACUUUUGGCUUAUGCUGGAUAUUCAGCAAAAAAGAAGGCGAAAAUGUUGAAAAGAGUGAAGAAGACUUUCAAGGAAGAUCCGAAAGGGAUUAGCAAAGAGGAAUAUCUUAAAUUCUUUCACUUUUUGAACAACAUUAACGACGUAGAUACAGCUUUGACAUUCUAUCAUAUAGCCGGCGCGUCUAUCGAUCAAGCGACAUUGAAACAUGUAGCAAAAACUGUAGCGCACGUGGAUCUGAGUGACCAUAUUAUUCAAGUGGUAUAUACGAUUUUCGACGAAAACAUGGAUGGACAACUUAGCAAUCGGGAAUUCGUCGCUGUGAUGAAAAACCGUGUUCUGCGUGGUUUGGAAAAAUCGAAGGAUACUGGAUUUGUCAAGUUAAUUCAAUCUUUGAUAAAGUGUGCAAAAAAUAGCAAUCUCCUGUCAUACGAUAAAUAAGUAAAGCCACAUAUAAAACCUAAAUGCUAAUUAAUUUAUAUGUAUUUAAUUUAUUGAUUGUAAUAUAUAUAGAAAUAUAAAAAAUUGCUAUUCUUAACUAGAGAUUAUAACAUUUAUAAUAGAAUCGUUAUGUUGAUAUUUGUAGCUUAUAUUAUUAUUAGGAGAGAGUUAGAGAUUUAUAUUAUAGCAAAUUUUACAUUAAUGAUGUAUUGUAUUAGUCCACUUUCACUAUUCUAUGAAAUAGAGCAUGAAAUAUCAGCCAAAAAAAGCUCGCGAGAUAUAGGAGCUACAAUUUUACCCAUUCAGUAAGUAUUCAGCGUUUAUUCAGCAAACAUCGACAGAACUUGUCUUGUAUUGCAAAUUUCAAGUUGGAUUGUUAAAUAUAAUAAUGUAUACGA